AGCGGGCUUGCAGCCGGCAUAGUACAUUACGAAAGCAACGACGACGCAACGAACGAUGCAGAAAUACGUCUUACUCAUUGCAUUCAUCACCACCGUAGCCUGCCAUGAGGCCAGGAAGCACAGGGUGGAAGAUCCAUUCUCAGCCCUAGAUAAACACAUCACCCACACACUCGCCUACCAUUACCUGUGGCCAUGGAGUCAACUCAUCCGGGCAGCAGCUGCUCUAGACGUCGAAGAAGUUCUUGAAGAACCCCAGAUUGUGUCAGACAACGAGAAACUGCUCAUCAAUCUCAACGUAAGGAGGUUCAAGCCUGACGAGCUGAGGAUCAAAGUGAAGAAUCGCUACAUCAUCGUUGAAGGAAAGCACAAGGAGAAGGAUGACGUCCAGCAGUUCAUGGCUAACCACUUCGUCCAGCGGUUCGUGCUGCCUCCUGGUAGCAAACAGGAGGAAGUGACUGCGGUCCUCAAGGAAAAUGGUGUUCUAACAGUGUCUGUGCCCAAACAUGAGCUUCCCCCUCCACCACCAGAAAGGGAAGUGCCCAUCGAAGUGAGGCUACCAGUUAAAGUGGAAGACAAAACAGAAAUACCUGUUACUGUAAAAGAAGAGAAAAUUGAAACCACAACAGUUAAGAAGGAGGUUCCAGUCCAAGCAUCUUCGGUGACACCCUUGGAACAGUUGGAAUUAGUGGAAGCGACCACACAUGUUGGCAAGAUCAGGAAGAAGGAGCUGAAGACCACAACCAAAACAUCAAAGGACAACGAAGUGUCAAAGGGGAUUGAUGGGAACGGCUUAGAUUAUGCUCUGAUUGAAGCGGAGUGAAUGUAGCUUGGUGGGAGUGAAAUAAGACUGAACAAAGCUUUAAAGUGACCGACAGUCAUUAAAGCGUGUUUAACUUUUCGAACGGUAAAAGACAUUUAAAUGACAUUAAUGCUACAGGUAUAAGUCAUGUUGUUGUGUACAAUAGAUCGUUCGAAAGUUUAGGAGCAAUAGUUGUUACUAUUAUUAAGUUUUAAUUUGUUUUGAAACAUUUGACCCACCAAUAAACGGUGUUAUUUAUUUA